AUGCUGGCAAACUCGUUUAGGAGACUGUAUCAUUCUGGUGCGCAUGUCAAUCCCACAAUCAUAACUGACACAAUCCAAACAAAAGUAUUGGCUGCUGCCCUCUCACAUGUGCCAACUACCGGAUUCACAGAGCGUUCGAUAGAUCUUGCACUCAAUGAUUUGUCGCUGUCCCCGGGAGUUCGGUCGAGUUUUAACUUUUCACAUGGACCGGUCAUGUCACUUGUUUUGCACCAUCUAAAGACCCAGAGGGUGAGACUACAGCAAAACCACGUUGCGGUGAUCGACGGUGCAAAAGACGAAUACGGUGCGUUGCUGAAGCUGGUUCAGUUCAGACUGCUUGGAAAUGAAGCUGUUUUGCCGCAUUAUCACGAGGCUCUGGCCACCAUUAUUUUGCCCUCGAAUGUGGCCUCUUCUCUCGAGGAAUUGCACGCUUUGUCGGAUGAUCUUUCGUGGUACGCAGGUGAUGCCUCUAACGACUUCAAAUGGUAUGCUAAACGACUCUCACUCUCGAUGGCAUACGUCGAGGCCGAACUGUUUCAACUCGGUGACAAAAGCGAAGGGUUCAAGGAUACCCUGGAGUUUGUGGCUUCGAAGCUAGACGCUGUUGAUAAGUGUGGUACAGCGUAUAAUGACGUUGAGGAGUGGGGAGUGUUUAGUCUCAUGUCGUUUGUGAACUUGUUAAAGAGUCAGCUAGUGAGAGGCUGA